UAGGGGGGUCUCAGGUGGGCCUAUCACCGACCUGAGAAAAUACCUUAAAUUCACACCUUAAAUCCACUCCUCCUCCUCCUCCCUAUUGGUGGAUUGGCCACUUAAAUCUGCUUCACCAUGAGGAUGACAGUGGCCCGCGGUGUUAUCGAUUCCAACAUGCGUUUCAGCCUCGACCCCGCUCACCUCCAGCUGCGCGCAAACAUGUUCCAGAGCGAGGAGCCGGGGGCCACCGAGCGGGAGCAGAUGAGCGACGCGCGCUCACCGGGUUCAAGGCCCUCCAGUCCCAUGUCUGUGAACUCGGACUCCAGCUGCAACAGUCCCGAACCCAAGUCCGCCUCCGCGCAGAGGGUCAGGAGGCCCCUGAACGCAUUCAUCAUCUGGACCAAAGAGGAGCGCAGGAGGCUGGCGCAGCUCAACCCAGACCUGGAGAACACGGACCUGAGCAAAAUCCUUGGGAAAACCUGGAAGGCCAUGUCCUUGGCUGAGAAGCGUCCAUACAUGCAGGAGGCUGAGCGACUGCGGGUGCAGCACACCAUUGACUACCCCAACUACAAAUACAGGCCUCGUCGGAGGAAGCAGCUGAAGAAGGGCGCCAAAACCCAAACACCUGAAGCUCCUCCAGGCUUCAGCGUUCCCUACAACCUCACCUACCUGCUCCAGAACCAGCAGCAAAGCACACCCUCCAUCCCUCACGCCCCCAGCUACACAGACCCCACGCGUUUUCCAAGCUCAUCAGAAGCAGAGGCUUUCUGCCACAACCCUGCCAUGCACUCAACCCCACCCUUCCUGAGGACAGAGCAUCAGAUGUACGAGCCGUGUGGUUUCCCCAGCUCUGCAGGCCCCCGGGUUGAGCAGGGGCUCCCUCAGCACCCCGCAGGGCCCUCCCUGGAGUUCUACUUGGAGCAGGUGCAGCUGGACAUGCUGUAUGAUCUGGACCGCAGCGAGUUCGAACAGUACUUGGGGCCCGGUUCUCACAAAGGAGAACCGGGCAGCAGCAAAGAAACAAGUUCUGUGUUGUGA